CGUAGUUACUUAUUUCACAGGUGUCUGCAGCACCGCAACACAGUUCAUUCGUACAUUAUGAACGAGUUGUUGGCAAUAAUGUGCAUGCUGUCGUGCAGUUCUGUCGUCGGUUUCCAAAUCAUCCACCCGAUGGCCAACAAGCGAUCAAAUCAGCUGGAACCACCUGUAUCGAUUUUAAAUGAGACAACUCAACGGAUCGUGGGAGGACACGAGAUUGACAUUGGUGCUGCCCCGUUCCAGGCUUCGGUGCAGUCGCACGGUGUGCAUGUGUGCGGUGGCUCCAUCAUCCAUCAGCAAUGGGUUUUAACUGCAGGACACUGUGCAAGUUCAUCGAAAGAGCCCAACAGUUUGAGUGUAAGAGUCGCUAGCAUUCACCACAACCAGGGAGGCCAGAUUGUCAACGUUGAAGAAUCUAUCAGACAUCCUCUCUACGAUGAGCAGCUCAUAAUCGAUUAUGAUGUUUCGCUUUUAAGGCUGGAACAGUGUUUGACAUUUUCACCCAACGUACAAGCCAUCCGGCUUCCCAUGCAGGACGAGUUUUUCCAGGAUGGAACUGUGUGUGUGGUCAGUGGAUGGGGUGCUACACAAAACCCGGUCGAAUCAAGUGACCGGCUCAGAGCGACGGAUGUACCGCUGGUUAACCAUGCGGUUUGCCAGACGGCUUACAUCUCGGCGGCAGCCACUAUUACCGACCGAAUGAUCUGCGCUGGCUAUUUCAGUGGGGGACGGGACGCUUGUCAAGGUGAUUCCGGAGGCCCUCUCUAUUACGAAAACACAUUGAUUGGCGUUGUCUCGUGGCGAACAGGCGACUGUGCGGAGGUCAACUUUCCAGGUGUGUACAGUAGAGUCGCUUCGGUACGUGCAUGGAUAUAUGAAGUAAGCGAUGUGUAGUUUUCUAGCGUGUGCACUCGUUCCCCAACCCGUUCCUUCUGUUUUUUUACUGUUUGCUCGCUUUGCUUCUCUCUGGACACUAUUUAUUAAUGGACAAAAGGAAAGGAAACAUCUUUUGGUUGCUUAUUCCGUUUUAUUGACAUUUAUGUAUUCUGACCGCUUGACUAGUCACCCUUCCGGCAUUUUCAAUCGUAUGUUGCUGCUCGGCGACAACUCAACGUGUUGUUUGUUUGUUAGCGGACCAUUUAUAUUGCAUUCGUCCUAUGCAUUAUUGCUAUAUUGGGAUGUAACGUUUUCGCACUACGAUGAAUUUGCAUGUUAGUAGUGAUGUGGUCUAAUAUGCGGGGUUGUGUCCCGUGGUACAGUCGUCAACACGUACGACUCAAUAACUUUCCUGUACUAGGUUCAAACCUAGAAUGGACCCGCCGUCCCCCCAUAGAAGAAAAGGACUGACUAUCAUCAGGCUGCGUGUGGUAUUGAAUAAAGCCUCGAAAGUCUAUAUAGUCCAGCAUGUGUCCGUAGGUAGGACGAUUGCGACAAAUAGAAAAAGAAUAAAAAGUAUUGAUACGUUAAAAAAAUAGAUUCUUAUACUUUUUAUUCGAAGUUUAAAUGCCAAUUUGUUUCUUCAGCUCCAAAAUUGAACUCAUAUUGUACAUAAAUCUAUCAUCCACCAGCAAGCUACUGCCCCCAUGAAGUUUAGCCGUUGUGCUUCGCCUGGUAUGGCGCGAUGGCAAUUGGCAAUGGUUUCUAAACGCCAGUCACUUUCACAUCACUAUCGAUGCGUGUCCAGCAAAACAAUGCCCUUGAAAACAGCCAAACUAUAUCAGCCACACAUCCGCUUAUUGAAUCACGAGCAGUGUGAUUUUACAGCAAUUGAUCAAAAUUUGGUAACAUCUUAUCAAAACAAUACGAUUACUGUUACUCUUUAUUGGUAUGAAAUGCUGUAUCGUAAAUAUAUUAAAUAUAUUCCCAAGAGUUUUUUUUCCACUAUAUUGGAUUUCAAGCGUCUAAACGUGUUGUAAGCUGUUUGUUUGUGGGUCGCGAUGCCCACCUCGCAAGAUUUGUCUCACACUUAGCACAGUAGUAUGUUCUACACAUUAGCAUUGAGUAAAAAUCUACACCAUAGUCUGCGUCAUACAAACGAAGGUCAACAACUCGGCCAGUGACGACAAGUGACAAACAUCGACUGCCUGUUGCUUUGCUGCGGCUUGUGUGUAGUAUGUGCUACUUUUCGCGGACUUCUCGCGCUUAGCUUGCAAUUGGGUGGAAACGAACUUGAUCUCGUUCCAUCUCGCUCUCUCUCUCUCUCUCUUGUUGCGAAUGAAGUGAUCACUAUUGAAGCUUACAGAUGGCCACCCCAACAUUGCCAUGCAUCUCACAAUAGAAUUGUGUUGUGCACAUAUAUGUAACUGACUGUCAACGAAUUUAGCCACUCAAAACAACCACCACGGAGAGAGAGGAGGAGAUCGCGCAGUCAUUUCCUUUCGGUGUUCUCACGUUCGAUAAGACCAUUUGGCCGGAAAUAAUAAUUAACCGAAUGUCCUCACAAGCCUUCUGUCCCAAUUCAUGACUUCAGUCAGGUAUCCACUUUAGCUACCAGCUAGAACGAAAAUUGGACAACUAAAGGGCUUGCUCUGUUGCUCUGUCCUAAAUCAUUGUUUGCACUACAGCAUUUGGUAUUUGGUACAAAUCGGGUCAUCGUGACACAACAAUGCCUUUUUGAAUCGAGAAAUAUGUUUGACGUAUGACGUAUUAUCAUAUCAAUAUAAUUAUACUUGGAUUGAAUUAGACUUCGGAUACGUUAAACCAAUGAAAUCGAAAUGAAAUGUUUUAAUAACAGUGAUUGACCCGUGCUAUAAUUUAAGCCAGAAAGCAAAAAUUUUAAGUAGAAAAAUACCAGUUCACUAGGGGGCAGCCUCGAACAAACCGCGGUCAUAAGUCAUUUUUGGUCUCUUUACUUAUAAAACAUGAUUUUAAGUGUUGGAAUUCUAGAUGGCGCCAGUGUACAUCGGUUGUACAGGGGUUUUCACAUGUUAGAAAUAUUAUGGAACACAAUAUAGAGACCUUCGCCCCAAUAGCAAUCCUGAUCAAGGAAAUCAUUGCAUCAUACUCUAGUUGUUGGUAUUCAUACACUAAAAAAAUCUUUAUAUUGAUGAAAAAGUAUUUUGAACAAGUGAAAACCCUAUAUCCCUUUUCUGUACAUUGUCACAAACACAUAUUGCAAACGUUGAAUACAAUUGAUGACCCCAACUUAGUUUUAUAUUUGAGAACUAUUGCGUUAUAAAAUGAUAACAAAAUGAAUAAUAAAAUAAACGUUUCAAAUAUCCUAAACAAAAUUUAAAAAUACUAAUAAUGCAAGUAGUUAAAAAAUAGGCACCAUCUAUUUUCCAUGUGCUCUGAGCACCCUACCUUAAACAAUUCGUCAUUUAAAAAGGAAAAUAAAAUAAUGAUUUAGGCAAUAACUUUAUCUCGAUCGUGAUUUUUGAAUAAAACAACACAUGAAAAAUCAAUAUUGUCAAUUGAUUGAUCUAAGUUUAACGCAACGUUUUCAAUUUCACUUUGCGCCGCUUCGAAGACUGUUAAUUCAUUUGAUGUAUCUUUGUCAAUAACGCUUAAACCUUCCGCGGAUACAAACAAUGUGUUAUGGUUUCUGGAUAUGUUGUUACAAAAUUGAACAUCAAUGAAGACAGUGUUUAUCCAUUCUAGACCAAAUUAUGUAUGCUUCAGCAAAUACAUUCCAUCAUACAUGAGCUAAUCUGAUCGAGCUUGCGACGAAUCUGCGAUUGUUUGACGUUUGGUUUUGUAUGGAGUGUUGAGAUGAUUUUAGACGCCAACCGUCGAACUUCUUUUAAAAACGCUCAGCUUGAAUUCUUCUGACUUGAAGAAAAUAUAUUUUAAACCAGCAGCAAUGUUCUGCAACUGAUUCCCUCAGGUGCAAUUUAACACAGUCAAAACAUUUAUGUUCAGGACCGGUCGUGGUGGUACAAUCGUCAACUCGUAUGACUUGACAACAUGCUCUUCAUAGGUUCAAACCCUAAAUGAACAGUGCGUAAAACGUAGGACUUUGAUUAUCUAGCUUAUGGGUAAAUCAAUAAGUCACCGAAAGCCAUUAGGUGGGUGCAGACAAGCAUUGACCGAACUGAACAAACAAUUGUAACCGUGAUUAUUUCCCCUCUAUUUUACAUUAAAUCGACAUACUUUCCUUUUUAUACAUUUUUUGCCCACAGCAUUAGUAUAAUAUGAAUAGAAAUUUCUUAUUUCUAGGUCGUGGCUCAUAAGAGCCUAUUUUUAAAUUAUAAUUAAAAAUACUCAUAAAAUCAACCAAACAUAAAAUGUCCUCAAAUAAAAUGUUCUAGUAAUCGA